AUGGAUUCAACGUCGCUCUGCUUGGGUACUGUAAUAGUUGCAGGCAACGAUGAAGGGAGUAUGACGUACUUGAAAGAUCCUGUAGCUGGCUCAAUGAUCGUCAAUAUCAAAACGAAUAAUGGAAAGGAAGAAACAAGAUUAAUUGCAACAUCGUGUUUGUUAAUAACGUCAGGGACUCGGGCGUGCAAAAACUGCACGUAUGCUGCAAAGCUUUGGUACAACCGCGAAACCAAGAGAAACGUGAAGGGUGGAAGUCUGCACAAGAAAUGCAAUGUUCGUUUUCUGGCAAGAGGUGGAUUAGAGGAAAAGGUGUGCAAGCAGAGAAAAGAGAUACGGAGUGAUAGUGUGAGAGAGAAGAGAGCAAUGGACGAAAUGAUCGAAUUUUCCGAAAGUGACUGUGUGGACUUGAGGAAAAUAGUGGAUAACGUUGACAGCAAAGACGUCCCAGAAGACAUGGCACUUCUAUGGGAAAUGCAGAGAAAGCAGUUAGCUUCGAAAUCUCCAGCUGGUUAUCGAUGGCAUCCAAAGUAGGUAUAUUUAUAUAUGCAUUAGAAAAUAAGUACCUUAAAUGUGCUUAGAAUCAGCGCAGGGUUUCACUGAUUCAGAUCGACGAUAUCCCGUAAAAGUUACACUUGUAAUUUUUUUAGAAUUGUGAGGUUUGCACUGGAUAUCUACUGCAAGAGUCCCAAAUCACUUGACGCAAUGCGAGAUACUUCCAAGCAAUCGUCUUAUAAGGUAAAUUAUCACUGCACUAAAUAUAUUUUAUAUUAUACGUUGUAUGAUUGAUUAUGAUUAUGAAAAGAAUCAGAAGGCCUAUUCUGACGCAUAUUUCUAACAUAAAUCCUUGACAAGUUUUUACAUAGUCAUUGGUCACAUGAAUGCAGAUGUGCAUGUGAAGCAUUAGAGUGGAUUAUCAUGUUACAAAAACAACUAAUUAUAAACUCUCUUAAAUAUCCUGUGUCUUAUAUUGUAGAUACUACAAGAACUGUGUAAGCCAGCAACCAGCAUGGAACACAGAAACGAUUGAAUGGUGCCGAAAGGAAGCCGAGCGAAAAAACCUCAAGUCUGCAGACUAUUGGGGAGGUCUGGUUGUCGAUGAGAUGAAAAUACAGGUAUACUGUAUGGGUGAACAGGACAGUAUAAUUUUCUAUGUUAUACAUUAGAGAUAUAGAAUAAUUUUCUUUUGUUUCCAUAGGAGGAUUUACAAAUGACAGUGCAAGGAGGCAAGCAUCAGCUUGUAGGAAUGGUUUCUCUUGGAGAAUUUUAUCAAGACAUGAAACGAGUUGAAACAGGUGAUCUCUCUCAAAUAAUAAUUAUUAUAAUAAUAGUCAAUUAGAGCAAUAAAGUAUAAUAAGAAUAAUAUAAUCACAUCAAAGCUAUGUUAUCUAUCUAAAUAAUAUAUUCUAUUAUAUUAAUACAGGAACAUCGGAUAUACAAAUAGCAACUCACUUGCUUCAAUUCAUAUUCCUCAGUGAUUCUGGAUUCCGAUUUCCCCUAGCACAUUUUCCGACAGCACAAUGUCCACCAUCAGCUCUAUAUUUUCAAUUUUGGGAAGGAGUCUUACAAAUGAAACGAACAGGUUUCAGGUAAAUCCAUACACAUCAUUAUAUUAUUUUUUUACGAAUUUUCUAAUGGACCAUGACCAAAAGAAGAAGAAGGUACAGAAUAAUACUAAAGGAAGGCGAUAACACUAAUAGCGAAUUAUUUCCCCUUACAUUUAGUAUUUACUAUUGUAUUUGCGAUGGUGGGGACGCCAACAGACAGUUUAUUAAAAUCCACUUUUCCAACUGCAGUCCAAUUGACUUACAUUUUAUUGGCUACAACAUGUGGACGGAAGAUCCUAUGGUAUUUCAAAUGGACUGUAAGGUAUUUGACUUGCAAUAUAUGGCAUAUGCAUGUAUAGGCUUAAUUUCAGCAUGUAGUUACUAUAUAUAGCCGUUGAUAUAGGAAUUCUUUAAAUAGUACAUAAAGGAAGAACAUUGGUUUUAUAUAAAUUGGAUGUUUACAAGCAAAUAACUAACAGCAUGCACUAACAAUUUACUCAAAAUCAUUACUCGGUAACUAUUUUACAGCACAACUUCAAGAAAAUUCGCAAUAAUAUUGAAAAAAGCUCCCCUUCAGGAACAACAAGAUGCCUAACUAAAGACGGAAAAAAUAUAUUCUGGUCUCACUGGAAGGAAGCCUACUUGUGGGAUCAGAGGUGCAACUCUCGUCAUUGCCAUGAACGUCUAAAGGAAGAUCAUUUUGAACUGACACCAAGUUCCAGGAUGAAGAACAGCCUGGCGGAAGAUGUGCUAGACAAAAGGAUGUUUAAUCUUAUGAAAGUAUAUAUGCUUAUAAUGAUCCUAUAUAUAAGAAUAAAAGUAUAUUGCAUAUCGUUUAUAUCAGUGAUAACAAGAGAAAGGGUUAGUAUACAUGUGAUAAUUAAGUGUUCGCAGUAACAUACAUGCAAGCAUGCAUGUAUUUCAUCCACGAAUGGAUUUCUGCCUCGAUUCAGUGUAGUUGCACCGGAAUAUCAAUGUUAAUGAUCUCUUAAUGGUGGGCAGCGGGAGUAAAAUCUGGACCUCUCUAAUUAUCUUGUCUUUAAAUAAUGCGACGACUGUUAAAAUCUGUUAUUAUUUCAACUUUAGGCUUACAAGGAACAUCUAAUGAUGACAAAUGACGAGGACGCCAAUAGGCUUGAUGAAUCGAUCUAG